UAAUAAGAGAACAGUAUACUGUCACUAUGCAGGGAAGAGGAUAGAAGCAACGAUGGGAGUUUUAUUUUUAAUGAUUGUUAAUUUUACUGGCGUUUUAUCAUAAUCAAAGCUUAUGUAGUGCGAGGGAACGUGUUGUCUAAUGUAUUUGCGUUUCGAUUCAAAUGGUUUUGCGACCAGGAUGUUAUUUUCGCUGAAAAGCCGGUAAGCUCAUAAAGUGAGUUUUCUCUAAUGUGACAUCCAGCUACCUCCACAUCAGCAUCAUAAAAAAGGGAGAGCCACGGGGGAUCGGGAUUUUUUUUAAACCGAGCAGUCAUUUUUUGAAUGUCACGAAGAAACGCAGGGGCAAUCUCUUUAACGAAAUGGAUCACUUUGCUGCAGAGUGCCUUGUGUCAAUGUCCAGUCGUGCCAUUGUCCACGAUCCCAAAGGGAACCGAGAGAUUAAACCAGAAACUGCGUCUGCCCCGCGAAACGGAGAGGAGACUAAAGAGACUCUGGUGAAAGACAAUCCCUCUAUUUUCGUCGUGGCCAGAAUUUUAGCCGAUUUCAACCAGCAAAACCCUACCAGUUUUGCCAACCAGGCAGAGGAGAAUAAACCACCGACCCCUUCAAGAGAGGACGGAAACUCUGCCACACCUACCACCGUCAACGUCGAAGCGGGUCCCAAACAAAGAGGCAAACGUGUGAGGGGUCGAAUUGAACACGAAUCUCCCCAGAAAAAGCACAAAUGCCACUAUUCAGGUUGCGAAAAAGUUUAUGGCAAAUCGUCCCAUCUCAAAGCCCAUCUAAGGACACACACAGGCGAGCGUCCCUUCCCCUGCACCUGGCCCGACUGCAACAAGAAGUUUGCGCGCUCGGACGAGCUGGCCCGCCACUACCGCACCCACACCGGGGAGAAGAAGUUCGGCUGCCCGCUCUGCGACAAGCGCUUCAUGCGCAGCGACCACCUGACCAAGCACGCCCGCCGCCACUCCGACUUCCAGCCCGGCAUGCUGAAGCGGCCCCACGGCGGCGCGGGCACGCGCACCGGCUCCCUCAGCGACUACAGCCGCUCCGACGCCUCCAGCCCCGCCCUCAGCCCCGCCAGCUCGCCUUAAGCCCCGCCCCGCCCCGCCCCGGCCUCUCCUCCCGACUCUUGUGUUGCACAGUUCUCCACGCCCCUUCUAGCUCCUCCCCUGCUUGCUGUACUGUACUGAACUGUACAUACAUACGUAUUGUAGUGCAAUCUCUUGUGCAACUCUGAAUACGAAAAAACAAGCCUUUCACAAAUGGCAAUAUUUGCAUAGUGUACAAUAUGUCUGUAAUUUUUAUAUAGCUUCUGGCUGACUACCUGGUUGUCCAUUGCAUUUUUAUUUAAUUUUCCUUUCUGUCAUUUAAACAACCCAGAUCAGAAAAAAAAAUUGCAGGUAUGCAAGUGAUAUUAUUCUUCACCUUUAUUUAAAAUGAAACGGGGGAUGGGGGGUUCUCAUCCACACCUCAGGAUCUCAGUACAGUUGUUUUCUUAACUACUUAACUUGACUGCACAAUACAAACAUCACUUUACUCUGAAAUUCAACGCAGUUGAAUUUUGCACCCUGCUCAGGGAUGGCCUCCUUAGCUUGAAAGAAUGAACACAACGAAGACAUACAGCCUUACAUUCGAACAGGAUUUGCACUCUGCAUUUAUUUUGUUAGUUUUCAUAUCGGGGGAGGGAAACUAGCACUGGAUGAACGUUCAUUUAAAACCAUGGUUUUAUGUUUUUUUAUUUACUUUUUUCCCUGCUCCACUCUAGGAUGUAAGUCAGACUAAGACCACUCUUUGAAUGUUUAUUUGACUGGAAAUAACACGCAGGAACAUCCACGCCUGUCGUCGUUUGCUUUUCAUUUCAACAAAAUGGUAAACCAGACAAAAUUUUGACAACUUUUGAAAGCACAUUUCAGCGAGCACAGCUUCCACUCAGAAGUGCUUUAGCGUUUCAAAGGAAACGGGGUCCUUCCUGACUCCGCCAUGCCCUGCGCUUUUAGGGAGGGUGCGUGUGCCCAGUGCUGCGCUGAGGCCGGGCCUGAGCUGGGCCGGGGCGCCUGCUGCUGUCCCGGCUCAGUGAAACCCGCCGCGUGCACCGCAGUCGCCCCAGUUACGCGCCUAUCUGCGCGGGGCAGGGCUGCGGGUCUGAGACGGGCGGACCCAGAUAAAAGGGCCCUGCUUUAUCGGGGUCGCCCGAUCCCAUGGAAACGCCGUGGGACACGCCCCUUGUCUGUAACAGACAAAAGGAAAGCGCAAGCCCCACCCGGUCGGGACUGGGAUUGGGGUUGGGGCACACAGCGGACCUCCCGGAGUGGGGGUCCCCCCUGCGCGGGAUGCUGGUAUUCACCCCUGCUGUUGUUCGGUGAGAAAAAAAAACCAAAACAUGCUCCUCGUCCGUCAAGUAGCACGUUCCCCACCGAGCAGAGCUUCACAACCACUGUCAGCUGGUCCAAUAUGUGGUGCAGCACCUCCUACUGUUACCCAGGCAAUAUCAGGGGAGGCGCCUCCCAUAUUUGGUGUGAUUGAUGUUGUCCAUGUUGGUUGAAUGGUUGAUAGCGGUUACCGCAGCGCCAUGGUACCUCCUUGACGGAUGGACAGGGGGCCGUCUGUCUCCUGUUUAUUGGGGAGGCCCUCGUAAAACUUUAAUCGCGCCGCGGAAUACAUUAGACAACCACUUUCAGACUCCUUCCUCUCUACAAACGGGGUUCAUACCACCCUAGCAAAAAGCUUUUGCUCUCAAACAAACCUCAUCCAACUGGAUUAAAAAAGGGAAAUGCGGGCGAAGUUUACAUUCGCUGCGUGCGGAAAAUGGCGGUCCUCUCCACAGACCCAGGCCUGGCUAGCUCAAGGCCCUUCAGGAAAAAAGCUGAACAGAUUAAGCACUGGCUUUGAGACAUGAGACACCAAUGCCGUCAAAAUGUAAAAAUAAAAAAUAAAAAAUGAAUGUCUGUCCUCAAGCCUGUGCCCGUCUCGCCUGCUUUUGGGUCUCCCGGCGGGUCCCCGGGUUCGAGAGCCGCUCUCUGCACCCUGCCCCUGCAGAGGAACAUCCCGCGCUGGGACUGGAGCCCAGCUGCAGUGGGAGGGGGGCAUUAUUCGGGGGGGGUGGGGGGAGAAGGAAGCAGGUGUACUUCUGUGAAUGGCCAGCCUUGUCUCCCCCAAACCCCCUCCCGACCC